UGCACUUCUUCCUCUAAAAGCCUUCCUGUUUCAUGCAUUCUUUGAAACAGCAUAGCGACUAAGACGAUGGAGAAAAAGAAGUCAGUCCCUAAAUACUCAGAAUUCGGGUUGAGAGAAGAAGGAUCAAAGUCGUACAAGUUCAACGGGCCACAGCAGAAGGGAACUGGGUUCUGUGCAGCAAAUGAUCCAGAGCUCAAGAGGAAGAAGAGAAUCAAGUCCUACAACGUCUUCACUGUAGAGGGAAACCUUAAAACAACUGUCAGAAACGGGUUCAAGUGGAUCAAGAACAAGUUUGGAGAUAUUCGUACUCGUGUCUGAACUCUUUUUUAUAUUUAUAUCAGUAAUCAUUAUUUAAAAUUAAUAUCUUCUUCUUCUUCUUCUUC